AUGUCAUCAAAGUGCUCCGUGGAUCCCUGCAGUUAUGGCCAGGAUGCAGCAGAGACCAGACUGGAGAAGAAGCGAGGGCAAGAAAAGGAGGAAACAGAAGUUCCCUGUGGAAACAGCCGGCCUGCAGGAAGUCUGAGGAAGGAGGGACCAGGAAGAGAACAGACACUGCCAGAGACACAGACUAGGAAAGAGAGACAGACAUUUUCCCAAUCGUCUGUCAACCAGGAGAGCCAAAGUGGAGGUCCAUGUGUAAUGGCACAACCCCUCCAGAGGUCCAAAUUAAAGGACUUGUCAGGCAGGCAGAUAGAGGAGCCGAGGGGGCCUGGGCCUUUUUACUUUUUUGGAGGAACCAAUGGAGCUAAAAUAGUGAGCAAUUACUGUGAGAGCAGAGGAUGGAAGAGGAUUUACAACAAGGACAGGGAGGAUUUCAAUCUCAAGUGGUGCGAGACCAAAUCACCAGCCCAGUACUCCAACUUCAGAGAAGGCAGGCAGUUGAUGUACCAGAUUCCCAAUAACAAGGUGCUCACCACAAAGAUCGGUCUUGUCAGCAGUCUUCAACAGUACGAGCGAGUGAGCAGCAGAGUCAGCCAUGGUCAAGCACUUAGGAGGCUGAAAAUGGAAGAGUUCAUACCCACUACUUUGCGCAUGGAUGUGAGGGAAGAGAGAGAGGCUUUCUUUGCCCAACAGGAGGGCGUGAGCAACAAUGAGAGCCGCAUGUGGAUCUGUAAGCCUACGGGUAUGAACCAGGGAAGAGGGAUCUUCCUUUUGAAGAGCAAGGAGGACAUAGCUGCCUUCAGACUGAAGCUGAAGCACAUGGAGGACCGCCAGUUCAACAGGAAAAUGCAUUACCGCCAGCCUCAGGCUUACAUCGUUCAACAUUACAUCCAGAACCCGCUGCUGCUGAAGGGGAAAAAGUUUGACGUGCGCUCCUACCUUCUCAUCGCAUGCACUGCACCUUACAUGGUCUUUUUCCGUCAUGGUUACGUGCGACUGACUUGUGACCUCUAUGACCCCACCUCCAAGAACCUUUCUGCCCACCUGACCAACCAGUACGUGCAGAAGAAGAACCCUCUUUACAGCCAACUGAAGGAAGACACUGUGUGGUCCAUGGAGAGCUUCAACGCCUACGUCAACGACAGGUUUCAGGUUGCAAAGGAUCUGCCCAGGGACUGGGUGCUGGGCGCCUUUGCAAAGCGCAUGCAGCAGAUCAUGAGCCAGUGCUUCUUAGCAGUCAAGUCAAAGUUAGACUGCCGCCUGGGGUUCUUUGACUUGAUCGGCUGUGACUUUUUGGUCGAUGAAGACUUCAAAGUGUGGCUGCUGGAGAUGAACUGCAAUCCAGCUCUCCAUACGAACUGUGAGGUGCUAAAGGAGGUGAUACCCAGCGUGGUUGUGGAGACACUAGAUUUGACUCUGGAGAUCUUCAGGAAGAUUCGUGGCAGGCAGAAAAUUUUUCCUUUGGUCAGUCAGAGGGAGUUUGUGCUUCUCUAUAGUGGUUUUUCCACUACAGAGAAGUCUAGCAUUGAAUUGCAGAAAAAUACCAAAGAUAGUCAAGUUCAGCGCGUGUAA